CUACCCGCCUCUUACCCAACAUCAGCAGCAUCAACAAGGCCUCCCGCCUCUUACCCAACAUCAGCAGCAUCAACAAGGCCUUCCGCCUCUUACCCAACAUCAGCAGCAUCAACAAGGCUUUCCACCUCUUACCCAACAUCAGCAGCAUCAACAAGGCCUCCUGUCUCUUACCCAGCAUCAGCUUCAGCAAGACUUCCCGCCUAUUAAUCAACAUCAACCUCCAUACCAAUCAUAUUUUCCACCCCAUUUUUCAAAUCAACAAAAUUCUUUGGACGCUUUGUCUCAGGAAGUGAAAUUCGAACAUUAUUAUAUUCAAAAUGAAGUAGAAAAUGUUGUAAACCGCUAG